UUCAACGAGUUGAACAACUGAUUGCUACGUGUAUGGGGCAGUUGUAUGAGUUGUAUCAACUGGUUGGAUGAACAUCAAAAUUUUUUGAUAUUUUGUCAAGUUGGUUGUGUUAGUUGGAUCGUGUUUGGGUUGGUCGUGCGAUUUCAAACGAUUUCGCCAUUUUAUUUCGGCUGUCAAACAGAGCGCGUUACGGAGAAAAUAAAAAAUAAAAAUGAGUGAAUGCGAUCGCCAACUCCGCGAAUUUAGCGAAGUUUAUAAAGCCAUGCCGGAGCUGUGGAACAGCAAACUGGACUGCUACAAAAACAAAAAUGUUCGCCGUAAAAGUUAUCAGAAACUUUUGAUAGAAUUUAAAAAAGUAAAAAACGAUGCAUUAAUAGACGAUAUGAAAAAAAAGUUGACAAAUAUGCGUACUUGCUAUCGCCGGGAGCUCAAAAAAACGUUACAAAGUGAAUCAUCUGGUGCAGGAGUUGAUGAUUCAUACAUUUCACCUCUGUGGUAUUUCGAGGAGCUCGACUUUUUGCGAGACCUGGAAAUACGUGUGUCUGGUGUAACAUCCAUCAGUUCGGAUGAAGAGGAAGAAGUGUCCGUUCCCGUGCAAUCUUUGAAGAAAUUUAAAAAAGUGGCUACCGAAAGAACAGAGUUUCUAAAGAAAGCAACCGAGCAUUUGGAGACAUCCAAAAAACAAUUGGAUGAAGCGGAAAUUUAUGCAAAUGCAUGGGCUUGCAUGUACAGGCAAAUGAAACCGGAGCAGCAACUUUUUGCAAAGCAAGCAGUAGACGAAGUGAUGCUGUUGGGCCGAUUUGGAAAAUUAUGUUUCAAUUAUCUGCACAGUCCUUCAAGCUCACCAAAUUUAAGUAGUCCACAUGUAUCACGAACCAGCUCGCCUUUUUUAAGUAAUGACUCGCCACUUUAUAUUUCAACAUCUUCUGGAAGUCCAACUGAAUCAACAUCACGCUUUUCACAUUUUACUUCUUUUGCCAUGGAAGCCCCAUACAAGCAACAUCACAUUCGCAACGUUUAA